AUGUUGAGUAAGUGGAGCGCUCCGGCCUCAGACUUACCCCUGAAGCUGGAUCCUCAAAUCAAUAUCUCCAAAAACAUCUACGAUGAGAUUCAGGCCGAGAUGAAACGUGCCAAAGUCUCCCAAGCUCUGUUUGCAAAAGUCUCUGUCAACAAAAGCCAGGGCUGGCUGUGUGAGCUGCUGCGCUGGAAGGAAAGCCCGUCUCCCGAGAACCGGACACUGUGGGAAAACCUCAGCAUGAUCCGCAGGUUUCUGUCCCUGUCUCAGAGCGAGAGGGACCAGGUCUACGAGGACGAGAGCCGGCAGCAGCAUGGAGAGAGAGGAGGCUACGGGAGCGUCAACGAAGCACAGUUGCUUCACAGACCCCCUCCCCUUUUGUCGACCUCUGCCUCGCCCUCCACGGAUCUCCCUCCUCCCCCAUAUCUCCCCUCCGCUCCCACCUGCGAAGAUUCCUCGCAGAAAUUGCAGCGAUCCCGAAAUCGCAUUUCUGUAGAAGCCCUGGGGAUUCUCCAGAGUUUCAUCGGCGACGUCGGCCUCUACCCGGACCAGGAAGCCAUCCAUACUCUGUCCGCGCAGCUGGACCUCCCCAAACACACUGUGGUCAAAUUCUUCCAAAACCAACGCUAUAACAUCAGGCAUUACAACCAAACCAAGCCACAAAGUCCCACCGAAGACACAGACGAGGCUUUGGUUGAAAACGCAAAUGAAAAAGAGACUAUUUCAAUGGAGGAGUCGCCCAAACUGGGAUUCCAAGACGUGGAAAAGGAUUUGGAGCAAGACGAUAUUGUUUUAAUGGAUUCACCGAACAGCAGCUCCCACGAUCACAGGUGUGUGUUGGGGGCCCGCAGAGACAGCCAGCCUCGCCCCAAAAGCACCAUGGCCCAUACCUGCACCUGCGCCCCCUCCCUGUCCCGUACAGGGCCCUAA